GGGUCUCCCCUGUCCGUUUCUGCGGGUGACCGCAGUACCAGGGGCUCUGAGGACUCGCGCCUGCUCUGCGGGGCGGCGCGGCUCCCAGAGGGGAAAGGGUGGGAGGUUGAGGGGUGCGCUUCUCUGCACUCGGUUACCCUUGUCUGCUACGCCCGUUCUCCGUCAGCGUUUCCCAGGAAGUCGGUGGACAGAGUCCGCGGGAAGGCGAGGUGGAGUCAGGUCGACUCCGCGUCAGAGUGAAGGAAAAUGUCUUUAUUUAAAGCCCGUGAUUGGUGGUCUACUAUUCUGGGAGAAAAAGAAGAAUUUGAUCAAGGCUGUUUGUGUUUGGCUGAUGUUGACAAUAGUGAGAAUGGGCAAGACAAAAUAAUUGUGGGCAGUUUUAUGGGAUACCUUAGAAUCUUCAACCCCCGUCCUGUAAAAGCUGUUGAUGCAGCUCAGGCUGAAGAUCUGCUCUUAGAAGUGCAUCUACGAGAUCCAAUUCUUCAAGUGGAAGUAGGAAAGUUUGUUUCAGGAACGGAAAUGCUUCAUUUGGCUGUGUUGCAUUCUAGAAAACUUUGUGUCUACUUUGUCUCAGGAACCUUGGGUAACGUGGAACAUGGGAACCAGUAUCAGAUCAAAUUGAUGUACGAACAUCAUCUUCAGAGAACAGCCUGCAAUAUGACCUAUGGGCCUUUUGGCGGUGUGAAAGGUCGAGAUUUAAUUUGUAUCCAGUCUAUGGAUGGGAUGCUGAUGUUGUUUGAGCAGGAAAGCUAUGCUUUUGGGAGAUUUCUCCCUGGUUCUCUUCUGCCUGGCCCUCUUGCUUACAGUUCCCGUACAGAUUCUUUCAUUACUGUCUCUUCCUGCCGGCAAGUGGAAAGUUACAAGUACCAAGUACUUGCUUUUGCAACAGACGCAGAUAAAAGGGAGGAGACUGAGCAGCAAAAACUUGGUUCUGGAAAAAGACUAGUUGUGGAUUGGACUCUGAAUAUUGGAGAGCAAGCCCUCGAUAUAUGUAUUGUGUCUUUUAAUCAGUCAGCAUCUUCUAUUUUUGUUCUUGGUGAGAGAAACUUCUUUUGCCUUAAGGAUAAUGGACAAAUUCGAUUCAUGAAGAAGCUUGAUUGUAGCCCAAGUUGUUUUCUUCCAUAUUGCUCAGUUUCUGAGGGAACAGUAAAUACUUUGAUUGGAAACCAUAACAACAUGUUGCACAUUUAUCAGGAUGUGACACUGAAAUGGGCUACUCAGCUCCCCCACAUUCCCGUGGCAGUGAAAGUGGGGUCUUUGCACGACCUAAAGGGAGUGAUAGUCACUCUCAGUGACCGUGGCCACUUGCAGUGCUCCUAUCUGGGGACAGACCCCUCCCUGUUCCGGGCGCCGAAAGUUGAAUCCAGAGAACUGAACUACGAAGAACUUGAUGCAGAAUUGGAAGAACUUCAGAAAAUCAUCAGAGAUGUUAAAGCCCAAGGUGUUUGGCCAAUGACUGAGAGAGAAGAUGACUUGAAAGUUUCUGCCGCAGUUUCUCCAAACUUUGAUUCAGUGUCUCAAGCCACAGAUGCUGACAUAGGAACUGACCUCGUCCCUUCCAUCACAGUGAAGGUUACACUGCAAAACCGAGUGGCACUGCAGAAAGCCAGAUUGUCAGUCUAUGUGCCGCCACCACUAGUGUUGACUUGCGAUCACUUCACCUUUGACUUCAUGGCACCGGAGAUGACGAGCACGGUAACCUUUUCCGUUUAUCUGAAGAGCAGUUAUAUGCCAUCCGAAUUGGAAGGAAACGCUGUUGUUUCCUAUUCCAGACCAACAGAUCGAAAUCCUGAUGGCAUUCCUCGAGUUAUCCAGUGUAAAUUUAGACUCCCCUUGAAAUUAAUCUGCCUACCAGGUCAGCCUUCAAAAACUGCAAGCCACAAACUAACCAUUGAUACCAACAAAUCUCCAGUCAGCCUUCUCAGUCUCUUCCCAGGAUUUGCCAGCCAGCCAGAUGAUGAACAGGUGAAUGUGAUGGGCUUCCGCUUCUUGGGAGGCUCCCGAGUUACUCUCCUGGCUUCCAAAACGUCUCAACGAUACCGCAUUCAGAGUGAACAAUUUGAAGAUCUUUGGCUCAUAACAAAUGAGCUUAUUCUCCGCCUUCAGGAAUAUUUUGAAAACCAGGGUAUCAAAGAUUUUGCGUGUUCUUUUUCUGGAUCUGUGCCCCUUCAGGAAUAUUUUGAGUUGAUUGAUCACCAUUUUGAGCUGCGGAUAAAUGGUGAAAAAUUAGAAGAACUAUUAUCUGAAAGAGCUGUACAGUUCAGAGCCAUCCAACGCCGACUACUAACAAGAUUCAAAGAUAAAACACCUGCACCCCUCCAACAUCUGGACACCUUGCUGGAUGGAACUUACAAGCAGGUAAUUGCUCUGGCAGAAGCAGUUGAGGAAAACCAAGCCAAUCUGUUGCAGUCGUUCGCCAGGCUGAAAAGUGCCACCCACCUGGUGAUUCUGCUGGUUGGGCUGUGGCAGAAGCUCAGCGCCGACCAGGUCGCUCUUCUGGAGGCAGCAUUUCUGCCACUUCAGGAGGACGCGCAGGAGUUGGGCUGGGAAGAGACCGUGGACACUGCUGUUUCCCACCUAUUGAAAACCUGCCUGUCAAAGAGUUCCAAGGAGCAGGCUUUGAACCUCAGUAGCCACCUGAACAUGCCCAAAGACACGAGCCGGCUAAAGAAACACAUCACCCUGCUGUGCGACAGACUGGCCAAAGGUGGCCGUCUCUGCCUCAGUGCCGACAUGGCCACACCGCAGACCAUUGUCAUGCCAGGUGGCUGUACUCCAAUCCCAGAAUCAGACCUGGAGGAGAGAUCAGCAGAGCAAGAUUCCACAGAACUGUUUACCAACCACAGACUCCUCGCUGCAGGGCCUCCCAGCCCUGAGGAUUCUGCUCUCCAGGGACUUUUGGAAUAGUUGGAAGAGCUGUCUGGUUGAGGGAAAGCUGCCUUCCCAAGGCUGAGCCGCAUGAACCUCAUGCAGCUGGUGUGGGGCGUCACGCUGCUCAGGGCUCACCCCAGAGACAAUGCUCCGUGGAGAUGGACCCUGCUGUCCGCUUUCCGGAGAACCUGGAGCUGAGACCCCAGAGUUGUCUCUGCUUGCUGGGAGGCAUAUUACUUCCUUUUUAUCUUUGUGCCCAGUGUCACAGGAUACAGUGAGAUGACAUAGUUUGGGAACAGACUGUAAUGCAAAGAUCUAGAUGCAAAAUCAUUUGACAUCCUAUUUUUUUCACAGGUUUUUUAUACAGUAAACGUAUCAAAUUUAAUAAAGUAUCUCACUGUCAAACAGUAUCUUACAGUUGACCUACAGGCUGAGGUUCUAAAUGGGAUUUCUCUACUUCGUUUUCUGAAAGGAAUUAAAAAGUUCGCUACUCAGUGGCUAGAGGUGAAUGUUGAACUGUGUAGACCCAGCUGACCUUGAAUGUAGAUUUUUUUGCUUCAGCUUCCUGAAUGCAUGGAUCAUAGGCAUGUACCACCUCACCAGUUUGAAUAAAAUUACUGUGAAACUUUCAUUUGCUUUGCUCUAUUAGACUAAAAAUGGAAGCUGUUAUGUUUUCUAAUAUUAGAUGAAAAUU